AUGCCAAAGGACCUUCGCGCUAGCAUCACCCAGACCACCACAGGACUCAAUACCAGACGACUGGAUCCUUCAACAGCCAACGUUGCAAUACCGGGACCGAGUCGAAUGAGUCCAACCACCAGCAACGACUCACAGACGAGUGCGGAAAGCAGAACAAUUCGCUGUGAUAGUUGCAAGUGUGAGGUACCGAGGAAUGCACAUGCAGCACAUCUGAAAAGCAUCAAACAUAAGGCACAUCUAUGGACACCUUUACACAAUAAUGUGUCAGUAUGUCGAAGUGCAUUUCGGGGUAGAAUAGUCAGUUAUCAAAUAACCGCUAGUAUAGACACGUUGAACGUUACUGAAUAUAUGAAUAAUCUUGAACAUGACUCCAUAAACGUGAUUGAAAAUGAAUUGCAUAAGCAAACAACGCUCAACAUAAAUAUGGAACUUUUUGGUUUAUAUAUCUUACCAGCUAAAAGCCGACGAGAGGUGAAGUCCCACAAUACAAACAAUGUAAUCAUAACACAAUCAUCAAAUUUAAAAGCAAUCUAUCAUGAUUUGGAUAGUAAAAUAGAGCAAAAAUCUAAAGAUUUUGCAGAAAAAUACUCAGGGUGGGUGUUAGAAAAGAUUUUAUAUUUAGAAAUUAAUAUUAAUAAAUAUAAUCCUUUGAGAGCAGCAUCAUAUUUGCCGCUUCCAAAGGAAAUUAGGAACAAAAAAGCUGUACUCAAUAUACGUAAUAACGAUGAGUACUGCUUUGCAUGGACAAUUGUAGCUGGUAUGUUAAGCUUCCAAAAUUGGAAACGAGAGUUGAUCGACUUGGAAACACGGUAA